AUGAGUGGCUUGAACGGCACGACAGGCAUCGGCAAGCGUCUUGUUCAUUCGAGAGCGGGCUGGCGCGCCCUCUGGCGGCCGGCGAUGGCGUUUUGUGUGCCCUGCGCGCAUGCGCUGUGCUCCGCGCACGUCCUCUCAUGUGGUCCUCGCUCUCCUCCUCAUCGUGGCCUCGUCCAUCUUUCCAUCCUCUCCUCCGCACUUCCGUCAGGAAGAUGCCGAUCGGACGAGGCGCGACGACGUGACCGCACUUCCAUGGACUGGUCGCCGGACGUCGUAGAGCUCCGCCAGCUCCCCGAUGGCGGCGGUAGCCGAGGCUUCCCCAACGCUUCCUACCGGCCCGACGGCGAGGAACGGCGCCACCCGGGGGUGGCCGGCGGCCGCAAGGACUCGCGCGUUCCAUCUGGCGACACCCAGGACGACGACGCGGUCCGGGACCCCGGCGCCGACCGGACCGCUCCCGGUCGUUCGUCCGACCCGGGCCUGGCCCUGGCCGUGAUCCUGCUGGUGAGCGGCAUCGCGCUGGUCCUGGUGGCCUACGCCGUCCCCAGGGAGGCCCGCGUGGACCGCGACGCCGUGUCGGCCCGGCAGAUGGAGCAGCUGGAGCUGUACUACGCCCGGCUGGGCUCGCGCCUGGACAAGUGCAUCGUCGCCGGCCUGGGGCUGCUCACCCUGGGCGGCGUCUUCCUCUCCCUGCUCCUCACGGCGUCCGUGUGCCGGGGUCGCGCCGCCGCCCUCCUCCUGCGCCGCCGGGCGCCCUCCAGAACGUACGGCUCCGAACACCUGAGGAUGAAGCGGCUCGCCGACGGGGAGGACGCCGAGUGACGGGAUACGUGCGCAAAAGCAUCGGGACGCGGCGAGGACGCGUGGAAGCCCGUAAUUUUGGAACACGGGAAUUCAUUCGGGCGCUUGGGGGGAAAAGUGUUGGGACAAAAAAAAAAAAAAAAAAAUAAGAAGAAGAAGAAGAAUUUUGUCCGUUUUGACGAGCGGGAAAACUUUCAUUUGGCCGUGGGAACGCCAAACGCCACCGAGACGUCCGAGUUGGCGGCAAAAGUCGGGAAACGCGCACUCGCUUACGUGCUGCACGUGAAAACGUCCGUGUUCAAAUCUUGCCUUCAAAACGUUGCGUGUGCCGCGGGCACGCCCGAAGAGGUCAAAGGU